UUUAUGUUAUUCAUUACACUAUCAGCAUCCGCUGAUGAACGUACUGCUACUUGUUUUAUUGUGAUCGCAUAAUCGUCAAUAUUUAAGCCGGGAAAUUUUAUCGUGUGCAUUUACAUAAGUCGUACAACAACAAUCAGAAAUGGAUAGUAACGCCAACAUUGGUCUAACUAACGUUCAAAACUGUUUAUCGGCCUAUGUUUCCAUCAAUAACAAUUUAAGGCAUUAUCGGAACACAAAUGUCGUAGUUCGCAGUGAUAUUGAAUCAUUGCAACCGAACAUUGUUCGAAUAAUUACUGGAGGCGGAUCGGGUCAUGAGCCAGCACAUUCAGGAUAUGUGGGAGAUGGAAUGAUCACGGCCGCUGUCUGUGGGGAAAUUUUCGCCUCACCGAGUGUACUGAACAUAUUGAGUGCAAUCCUGUCAGUCGCUAAGCCAGGCACUCCCGUACUCCUCAUUGUCACGAACUACACAGGAGAUCGUCUGAAUUUCGGUCUGGCUGGGGAAAUUGCCAAAACGAGAUACGGAUACGACGUCGAAAUGUUACUGGUCGACGACGAUUGUGCCAUAGAAAAUGUGCGAAAAAGUGUGGGAAAACGCGGGCUGGCUGGAACGGUACUUAUUCAUAAAAUUGCUGGAGCCAUGGCAGCUAGAGGUUCAGCUUUGAAAGAGAUUCACGAUUUUUGUGGUGAAUUACUGAAAAAUGGACGACUUGUAACGGUUGGAUUUACGUUUACCAGUGCCAGUGAUCGAAUUACGUCAAUUGAAAUUGGACGAGGUGUUCACGGUGAACCAGGAAUCAUGAAACUUGAAGAUGAGCCCAAUUUUGAGCGCAUCAUUGAAAUUGUUAUGGAAAAGUUGUUGAAGAAAGCGGCGUGUGGAGGCAGGAAAUCGAAAAUUGUGUUGAUGUUCAACAAUUUGGGAGGAACAUCACAGUUUACAAUGUCAACAUUUGCAUAUUCAUUCAUGCAACGAGCGAAAAAUCACUUCGACACUCAAUUGGUGCUGCAGGGUGAAUUCAUGACCUCUUUGCAUGCCGAAGGAAUUUCUGUAACAAUUUUGCAUCUACUCGAUGACGACAAAGACACCAUAAUCGACCAUAUCAAAUAUCCGGUAAAGAUUGCAGCCAACGUGCCGUUCAACAUCAAUCGUGGUUUUGAUCUUCCUGGUGAUCGCGAUAGUCGCAGUCUUGUGUCGACAAAUAUUUUUGAAAAAGCAAAUCUUGACCAACGAUUCUACCGAAUCAAAUACGAUGGAAAAGCGAAAGAGGCUUGUAAUAGAGCAGUGGCAGGUGCUUGUAUGAAAUUACUUGAAAAUAGAAAUGUUUUGAACGAAAUGGAUGCGGAGUUCGGCGAUAGCGACACCGGAUCACUAAUAGCUACAGGUGCCAGUACUGUACAUCAAGCCCUAAUUAAUAACGAAAUUGACGUCGCACAUCCAGCCGUAAUGUUACACAAUUUAAGUGAAGUGUUGCAGAAAAAUAUGGGAGGAUCAUUAGGAGCACUGCUGUGUAUCUUCCUACAAGCUGCUCCAGCAGCUGCCCAUUCUAAUGCAGACAGUAUGCAAUUCUGGCUAUCCGCCUUGAAACUAGGAAUAAGCGCCGUCCAGAAAUACGGACUGGCUGACUUGGGCGACAGAACGAUGUUGGACGCAUUACAAUGCGGAGUGGAACAGUUUGAGCUGAAAGUUGGUGAGAAUCAGAAUGUUUUUAAGGCGGUUACCGCUUUUGCUGCGGGUUGUGAGCAAGGAGCAAACAACACUAAGAACAUGAUGCCGAAAUCCGGUCGUGCUGCGUAUGUUUUCUCCGAGGGAAAAACGUUUACGGCGGAAGUAAAUGAUCCAGGUGCCCAAGUUAUCGCAAUUAUUGCCCGAGAAGUAUGUCGUGAAAUUAGGCAGACCUUUGAUCAGCAGUAAAUGAAUAAUCUCGGAUCAACUGUCGCGUCGGUAGUAAAUAAAUCAUAACGAUUCUCGAAAA